CACUUGUGGUUCUCCAUGGGCGCAUCCAUUUUUGUGGGGAACUUUGGGUUCAAAUCAACCAAUACGGAACCAACAAAUCUACUUCCUGUUUUGAAACGUCAAAACAUGGGAGAAGGAGAAUGGAACAAAUCCUUAUCAAACAUCUGUCAAGUUACCAUCCGAUAUGAUUACUGGAAAAAGAAACACUGUUCCGAAAGGAUGUUUCUACUUUCUCUUUUUCUCCUUUUGAUUGUCGCUGGCGGAGUGGCUUAUCUAACAUUCGCUGUCCAAUGUGCUUUUCUUUCUGUUUUCUCCUCUUACCAAAUUGAAACGGCUUCAGAAGGAACGCAUGACACGUCACUUGUUUUUCGCAUCAGACAGCAACAAAUGCCACAAACAAACGAUAUUCAGAAAGAAGCAGUUGCAGCCAUGAACCUGGCUUUAGACAUGGAGGCCCAAGGAAAGUAUGAGAAAGCACGGAAACUGUACCACCAUGCUUUAAAACUGGACCCCACUCAUGUAGAAAUCCUGACAGCGUUUGGUGAAUAUCUGGAGAAAUUUGAACAGGAUAUGCUCCGAGCCAAUCACAUGUACAGUAAAGCCUUAGCUCUGUGUCCUGAACAUACCAAAGCCUUGAUGAACAGGCAACGAAUCCUGGCAAUUGUUGAUGAAAUUGAUCAAAGACGGUUUAAUAUCAUAGACAAAAAACUUGGUUUGUUUGUGAAAAUUCCUCAAAAUAACCCAGGUUUGAGGAGAGCCAAAAAGGAGUCCUAUUUUUCUCAUAUCUAUCACACAAACGCUAUAGAAGGAAAUACUCUUACUCUAAUGCAAACAAGAGCCAUCGUAGAAACCAGGGUAGCAGUAGGAGGAAAGAGUCUGAUGGAACAAAAUGAAGUGUUGGGACUUGAUGCUGCGUUAAGUUAUGUGAACAAUACGAUGCUGGAUCGUGUUGGGUCCAUUACUCUCAACGACAUACUGACGAUUCACAAGAAAGUCCUAGGAUAUGUUGAUCCCAUGGAAGCAGGAGUUCUGCGAGACACUCAGGUGUACGUGGGAGAGUUCAAGCCACCAGCGGCCGCUGAUGUUCCAAGUCUUAUGGAAGACUUCGUUGAGUGGUUAAAUAACGAAGACACUCUGAAAUUACAUCCAGUGGAAUAUGCUGCUUUAGCACAUUACAAGCUUGUGGUCAUCCACCCAUUUUAUGAUGGAAAUGGCAGAACAUCCCGGUUGUUAAUGAAUCUCAUUUUAAUGCAGGCAGGUUUUCCACCAGUGACAAUAAAAGUUGAAGAUCGCCUUCAAUAUUAUGAAACUCUAGAGAUGGCCAAUUCAGGUGAUAUCCGACCAUUUAUACGCUUUAUUGCAGAUUGUACGGAGCAGGCACUUGAUCAUUUCCUCCUGAGUGCCUCAGGGUCCAGUGCUUUGUAUAAACAAAUAAAUAGCACAGAAAAGAAUGUUAUUUCCUCAAAAGAUGAAUUGUGACAACAUUCAACUUUAGGUUAUUUUAGUUGUUUUUUGUUUACAUGUUGUUGCUAUUGAAGUUGUGCAAUCAGUUUACAUUGUUAUUUUACUGUUUUUCACAAAUCAAUACAUUUCCAGUGGGGUUCUUUUUACCCCCGAUUCUGUUUUUGUCUUCCACAUUUGUCUGUCUCUAGCUGUAGGUAAAACAUGUGCUUUAUUCUUCUUGAAUUUCAGGAUAAAUUCAAUUUUUUCUUAGAAUAGAAAUGAAGAGUUUACAAUAAAUUUGUAUUUCCUCUAAGUCUGUAUUUUAUUUUGCUGACAUUUUAAAACUAUUUUAAAAUCAUUUUUAGUUUACGUUUUUCUCUUUGUAUUUAAUUAGUUUUUUUUUCCACAUCUAUCAUAAUAACAUGGAUUGAUGAGCAGUCAAAAUUUUGAUAAUUUUUCUGUAAAACAUUUCAUGUUAUUUUCAUGAUAGAUGUGAAGUGAGUAGUAAUCAUAAUAGGCUUAUGUUUACAUUUUCUUGAUAGAAUGGGUUUGUUUUUUUUUUUACCUAGUACAUGUAUGUGAAAUUGAACAAACAGCUGACUCCGGCUACUCUAAUCCAGUUCUCUAACAUGAAGAGAUCUGUGAUUUCUAAGAUGGAGUGGGGCAAGAUUACUCUCAUUUUUAUUGUGGAAUCAAACACAAAACUUGCAUUUAAGUUUAAUUUGGAAAAUUACAGUACAAACAGUGGGAGGUAAUAUUUUACUUUAUUGUCUUUUUUACAUUUUUCAAUUGAAAUGCAUCUAUUUACAUAAAAAGUGGAAAAGGGAUUUUUAGAAAUGUUUCUCAGAGUUCAUUAGAUCAGUUAUUAUACACCAUAAACAUUGCACAGCUACUACAGGUUCAGGUCCCUGUAAAUAAGUUAUGACAUCACGAUACUGAUAACUUAUUUACAGAAACUAGUGCCUGUGAGAGCUACCUAUUAUGAUAUGAAUUAUUGUUAUUAGAUAUUAUGUGGUGAUAUUAUUGAAUAGUACAUGUAUCAGUUUAUUUAAAUUCCCUUUCAUUUGGAAAUCCAUACAUUUUUAAAAGUUUUUAAAACUGAUAAAUAUUUGCAUUGACCAAUUUUACAGUCACGAAUGAUUUAUCUGUAAUAAACUUUGCUGUUUCAUUG